GUCCGCUAACUACGUUCAUGAUUUAAAAAAUAGAAACAUUUUAGAUUCGUACUCUUAGUUCUGGCGGAACGCUGGCAUUAAUGUUGUGAUAUGGUGUAUGUCUGGGACGAGUGUGGGACAGCUGGUAAGAUUGAAUACAUGUCUCCCGGCGGCUUGUUUAUGUUUGGCCAGUCUUCCCGUCUUCCCUUCCACUUCAGCAUUUAUCGGUGCUUUUUGUUGCUUUUUAGUCUCUUUUUUCUUUUUGACAUUGUUGAGCUGUUGACGUUUGCGCCGUGAUAGAUUUUGAAGAUUUGUGAGCUCAACGCGUUAUGAAGGCACUACGAUUUUAUUGGCAUUCAAGGCUUACAUAAUCAACAAAUAUUAUGAUUUCUUACAGCAUACAACAUUCCAUUGACAUUCUGAAAGGGGUAUUCAACUCAACUCUUGAUUCAGUUGAAGUCCCGUCAUCAACGUCUCGCCCUACUGUGCACCCUUUACCAGAGCAUGACUCACAGCAGCAAUCUGGCAGUUUACAAUUUAUUUUAGUGCCUCUUGCAGCCAUAGCUGUUCUUUUUUUAGUGUCUGGUUUGGUGAUACUUUAUUUAAGAAAGAGGCGGAACAAUAAUCUUAGACAUCAUUUAAUACCUCUAUAUAAUUUUGAUUCUGAUGAUGAGGAGUGGGAAACAGAAUUACUGGAUGAUGAAUCAGAAGAAAUCAGUUUAAGAAGAGGGUACAAAUCCAUGGAAUUUCCUCUGAGUAAUAGAAGUUAGUCAUGAGAUCGAUUUGUCCUCAAGAUUUAAAUUUCUGAUGUUUAGUAAAUGAUAAAGGAUAUUUUUUUUAAGUUGUGACAGGUGGUGAAGACUCAUGUUGAUACAUAUAAUGUAACUGAAAUUUGACAGUGUGCACCCGUCUGAAUGUGCUUGCAGAAGAUAAUAAAUGCAGGGUCAUUAAAAA